CAAAUAUCAAAAAAAUUGUCACCAAAUAUCACUUUAUAUACCGUUUGUACAAAAAAUAAUUAGUAAAUAUUUUACGUUUCAGAACUUAGAGAACACCAUCUCCAAUCCAAUGGCGACUACUUAGUGGCAUGAAAUCGUUAUUUUUUUCAAUAUUUAUUAUACUAACAGCAGUUGUUGGCCUUUUAAUAAAUGGAUAUGUGUUGAUGGUAAUAAUUUUGACGAAACAGGUUAAAUCUGCCAACCAAAUUCUCCUUCUUCACUUAGGCACUAUAGAAGUAUGCAUAGGAGUACUAUUCUUAGUAUUUUUUAUACCUGGAGCGAAUGAUAAGGAGUGGCCGUCAGCUGGAGCACCGUGCAUAGUCCAUGGUUUUUUCUUUACCUUACUACAACCUUUAGCCCUUUGGACGAUCUGCGGCUUAAAUUGUGACAGAUUCUACAUCAUAUCUGUUCCGCUACAUUAUAAUAGAAUAAUUACUUCUAAAAAGGUAAAUUUUAGAAGAUAGAGCAUGAUAUAAAUAUUGAUUAUGUUUUUUUUAUAUAAAUUAUUGUGCUGUAUAGCAUAGGAAUUCCUUCUCUUGGGUGGUUUUUUCGCACAGAAAAAUUCAAA